CUAGUCUUCAUGCUGAGCGAGAAGCCAAACAACUAGAAUUCUCCAAAAAACAAGAAAUAUGCAAGCUUGAAGCUGAAGAAGCUGCCCGUCGUGCUCAGUGCGAGGCGGACGAAAAGAUAAGACGGAUAAGAAAUGAGGCGGAACUCACGAGAUGUCGUCAGGAGUUGGAAGAUCGACAAAUUAUGACAGAGAUCAUAAAAACUGAAGCAGAGAUGAAUGCUUUAGAAGGUGCACCCAGUCGGUCGGACAAUGGAGACCUGAUAAAUAAGUACAUGUACACUCAGGAGGACAGGGUGCGUGAUAUCAACAGAAACCCUUUAGAGAAUCGCACAAUAAAUCAGAGACCUGCCGAAACUCGUCAAAGUGAACGUGAUCUCACAGGUCUUGUUCAGACAUUGACAGACUCUGUAAAUCGAAACAGAUUACCCGCUCCUGAGCCACCAGUCUUUUCUGGAGAAGUCUUACAGUAUCCGGCGUGGAAGGCUGCGUUUGCUGCUCUCAUAGACUCAAAGAACAUACCACCUUCGGAACGCAUCCACUACCUGAAAGGAUACCUCAGUGGAGAGGCUAAAGAAACCGUAGAAGGAAUGUUCUAUUUUGACACAGAAGAAGCUUACGCAAGCGCUAGGACCGUUCUGGAUGAGAGAUAUGGCAAUAAAUUCCUGGUAUCUGAAGCCUUCAGGACCAAGCUCAGUUCAUGGCCAAAGAUUAAUGGAGGUGACGGAAAGGGACUGAGGAAAUUAGCAGACUUCUUGCGGCAGUGCUCAUUAGCGAUGGACCACAUCUCUACGUUGAAGAUCUUGGAUGACUGCCAUGAAAACCAAAGGAUUUUGUGCAAGCUGCCUGAUUGGCUGACUCGUAGAUGGGGCAGAAUAGUUGCUACGUCGAAAGACACAUACCCUUCCUUCAAAGACUUCGCCAGCUUUGUAGCGCGUGAAGCGGACAUAGCAUGUAACCCCAUCAUGUCUCAGAAUUUUGGCAGUAAAGAAUUUCAGAAGAAACUGCCUGAGAAAUCAACAAGGCGACCUGCAAGGGUUAGUGUGUUGGCUAGCGAAGCAACGAAACCAGCAGAAGUGAAACUUUGCAUAUUCUGCGACAAACCCAAUCAUAAUGUGGACAAUUGCCGAGCAUUCGGAGGCAAGACUCCAA